AUGGAAUGGGUGCGAGAGGCUGUUCACCUGAUGCUGGCCAUGGAGAAGGAAUUCCACAAGAUAGCAGGCGGCGCUUCUCUGCAGUUGCGUUACCCACUGGUGGACCCGGCUCCUGUUGUACAACCCCAGGGACAGGCUAGGGCGGCUCCUAGGAGAAAGAGCGUGCGGCCUCCCCCUCAGAAGAAGACAGCUGGAUCCUCUUCCGCUCCGGCCACUACAGUGAGGCAAGUGAGCUCUACACGGCCAGGGACUAGAGGAGUUGAGAUUGCUUUCGGGAGCGACGAGCCACAGUUCCGCAGAGAGCUGAGGAAGAGGCCCACAGAUAAGAGGCCAGCCGAGGGGCCAUCACAGAAGAAGAGAAGAGAAAAGGAGGAAGAGGAAGAGGAGGAGGUGCAGUCGCCCUUCAGCAGCAGUUCCGACAACACCGCCGACGAUCCUGGGUUCAAGAUAGACCCGAGGGAGAGAGAUGAUGAAGAGGAGGACGACGAUGACGACGAGGACCUCUUUGACGACUGA